CAACUUUCCAAUAUGUGGCGGCGUCUCAUCAAGCCAUCGACGUCGGCACCGGAACUUCGAAAGCUAGCGGCUCCGUCGCGAUAUUUUAGUGGCAAAGCGCCCGAUGCAGCAGCACUACAAGCGUCCAAGACACAGUCCAUUGCGCCCAAGAAACAGAUUGAUGUGAAGAAGAAGAAGCCUCGAUCGCCUGGCAAGUCAAAAACGGCGCCAUUGACAGCCGCCACAACUCAACCCGCGAUUGCAACAGGUGAAGCGUCGUCGUCAGCGAUGGACCCUCACGUCCGCGACAUUGCGAUCUAUGUGGCUGCGGCGACGGCCGUGUUGAUGGGCGCCGCGGGGUACAAGAACUACAUCGAAGAUCACUCGUUGGAAAACGACAUCUUCUCGCAGGCCAAGUACUUUGCUACGCGCAACAAGGCCGUGAUCGACCUCACGGGGCUGCCGACGGACAUUCAAAAGUUGGUUGACCCUAUCGCGGCCGACGACGCGACGGAAGUGCAUGGCACGAUUGUGCUGGGCGGUGUCAAAGGCACCGCCACCAUCGAGUACGUAGCCCUCGUGCAUGUCAAGGACGAGCAUGGCAAGCACGUGUUUACGACGUUUGAUCUCAUUCAAUCGAACGAGCGACUGUCGCUGCUCGUGGACAACCCACGGGCCCCCAAAACCCCCGAAGAAGAAGCCGAGAUCAAGGCCCAACGACAAGGGGAACUCAAGGAACUCGGGUCUAACCUAGUCUUGCCCGGCAUUGGGUUCUUUGCCGCGGGGUGCGUGGCAGCCUACAUGGUGUUGCGUAUCAUCCGCAACCGUCCAUCUUACGUCAUCCAGCUGGCGCUGGACAGAAUCAACACGGCGGCCAGGAUCACUGAGAUUUUAGGCACCCCCAUCAAGCAAACCAACAAGAACAUUUACCACGGCUCCAUCACCGAGCAUUUUGCCGCGUUCGAGUCCAAAGUGGCUGGCCCCAAAGGCGAAGGCACGAUGAAAGUCCAAGCGCUGCGGGCCAAAACGGCCGACGCGCCGUGGCAGUUUAACCAGCUAUCGCUGGACAUCCAAGGGCGAGCUAAACGUGUGAAUUUGCUCGAUCAAGAGCGAAAAUAGGACGAUUUUAUCACGUUUUUAGCUAUAAAUUCACUUUUUUUUGGGUUUUUUGGGCCCCCG